AGGUACUGUUGACUAUGACCUUUGUCUUUAUAUGAGGUAAUCUUAAAAUUAUUUUCCUGAAUAUCUGAACGCAGCAAUAUGAAAUCUCUGUUGUUGGUGUGUUUCUUUGCAAUAACAUGCGCCUCUAGCGUCUUAGAUUUAUACGGCGUAAUCAAUGUACUGUACUUAAAGGCAGACAGAGAUGCCAACGGUAUUAUAACCAUACCAGAAUUAGAUGGUGUUUACCAAGGAUUCGAUGUCAACCACGAUGGCACAGUGACAAAGCAGGAGUUUGUGAGUUUCUGGCAGUUACUGACACACCAGUCAAAAGAGCAUUCGGAAGCAUAUUUCUAUCUGGCAGAUCUCAAUGACGAUGGAAUUAUUAACUCUAAAGAUUUAGCACCACUGCACCAUGUUUUUGAUCUUGAUGGUAAUGGUAAUGUGACUGCCAAAGAAUUUGGUGAAAAGUGGAUGGGUAUAAUAAGAGAAACACCAUUCACAGUGUUGUUUGUGAGGUCUGACUUGAAUAAAAACAACCUCCUCAAUAAGACAGAAUACAAUAACUUUUUCAUAUCAUUCGAUGCAGAUCAUGAUGGUAAAGUGAGUAAAUCUGAGAUCGAGACGGCUUGGAAGGCAAAUGGGUUUGCCGACACUGUAAAAGACUCUGACGUUCUAUUCGAUAAACUAGACAACAAUCACGAUGGAUUUUUAUCCAGUCCAGAUAUGAGCCAUUGGUUUAACGUUUACGACACUAACCAUGACAGCCACCUUGAUAUUAUCGAAACAGUUAAGAUGUCCCUACUUCUUCCACCAGUUAAUCUACACUAAAGAAAUGACAGCAAUCCAGGUUGAUAUUGAUGCAAUCCAGAAGAAGUUUUCACCAACAACAAAAUAAAAUUGCAAACACAUAA